AUGUUUAAGAAAAGACCAAAAUUCUAAAGUGAAGUAAUAAUUUAUUGAUUAUAAAGAUUGGACUCAAAAAGGUGAAACUUAAAGAAGUGUCAUUAGAAAAAUAUCAAUAGAGCUUAAGAAGUGAAAUAUCUGAAAGUAUAAGUUCUUUUAUAUUAAGGUAAAAUAAAUACGUGA